AGUGUGCUUGCCCCCUCUGCCGCGAACGUAGUAUCUAAGGACAAGCGAACCAGUGACAUGGGUGCCUUGAUUCACGGCUCGCUCUUCUUCAUCAUCGUGGUUUUGUUUACGGCCAUGUCGGCGGCUCGACUGCCUUUAUGCUCGCCCGAGCACUGUACAGCCUGCGACAAGUGUGCUCCGAACGUCACGGCCGAAAUGGAGUGUCAGGUCAUCGCCGCCGCGGGAGCUGGGGGCUGCCUGUGCUGCAGCAAAGGCGGUGACGUGUCUAACGCUAGUGCUGCGAUCGUCGAACCACCAUCGACCAAGAAACGACCGACUUGCAGCCUGGUUUGUCGCGGAGAAAUCGACUUGGACAGGUGUGGCUGCGAAUCGUCGUGGUGAUAGGUGGUUGUUUUACGCAUCUCGCACUUCCUUUUCGCUUACGCUGCUUGCGGGCCACCCGGCAGGAGAUUUCUACCACAUAAUGUCUCCGCUGAACCCGUCAUAAACCACCACCACCGGAUCCACUGUUUGGCGACGCGCAUGUCCGGAAAUAAAGGCUGUUGUGCGCCGUUCCUUGAAAAUGGCAUCGAAA